AUGGGGGAUACCCCAGAGUACUAUUUCCAGCAGAAUGCGAGAGACCAGGAGGCCAACUUGGUUGCCUGGACUCUUCGCCAAGAAUCUCUGGGUUACGCUCCGUCCCAGAGUCAAAUCCGCGCCUGCGUUGUUGCCGUUCUGAAACAGCAAGGCUGCGACUCAAGAUUGGGACGUCAUUGGGUAGAAAAGUUCAUUCAACGCCAUCCGGAACUUAGAAGCAAGGUCGGUAGGCGUCAGGAAGCCAACAGAUUCGACUUAUUUACUCCCAAAGCCGUGCACUGGUACCUUGACAUCAGGGAGAAGGAGUACGGGUGGAUCAAGCCGGAGAUUGCGGAGAACACCGUGAAUGUUGAUGAAGGGGGGAUUAUGUCGGGUUUUGGUCUAGACAGUCUGGCGGUUGGCAGUUCGGACCCUAAACGGAAGACUCUUCUCAAGGGACCCCAGUCCCGAAGUUGGACCACUUUUAUAGAGGCCAUCACCGCCGACGGGCGCGCCUUAACUCCAGGCAUCAUAUUUAAGGGCUUAUCAUUCUGGAUGGACAUGGGAGUCAUACAACGAAUGAGUGGAUGGCUACGUGCUUUCUGA